AUGUCAAGCACAAUAUUCUUCAAGUUUCGGUCUCAGAAGGAUACUUCAAGGAUUUUGUUCGAUGGGACGGGUAUAACUGUUUUUGACUUGAAGAGGGAUAUCAUUCAAGAGACUAAACUUGGAGAUGGGACUGAUUUCCAACUGAGAUUGUACAAUCCAGAUACGGGCGAAGAAUAUGAGGACGAUUCAUAUGUAAUUCCACGUUCCUCUAGCGUGGAGGUGCGCAGGUCACCAGCCAUAAAAGUUAAUGGAUUAAAUGGUAGGGUAUCGCUGGGCAAUGCCUCUAGAUACGUGACAGGUAAGCCACGGGUGAACAAGAUGAGCCAUACGCAGGUGGCAAAUACCAAUGUCAACACCAGUGGUAUGACAGAGGAGGAUGCCAUUGCUAGUAUGUUUGCAAAUCAAGAAAGUCAAUGGCAGCAAACGCAGCAAGAGAUGUCAUCUGCCACUCCAGUAUUUCAUAAAGGAGGGCCUGCGUCUCAUGAUGAGGGGCCUCCACCACCAGGGUAUAUGUGUUAUAGAUGUGGUGGGAAAGAUCAUUGGAUUAAGAACUGCCCCACCAACUCCGAUCCAAACUUCGAAGGGAAGCGUAUAAGACGUACUACCGGUAUUCCAAAGAAGUUUUUGAAAUCGGUAGAGAUAGACCCUUCUACUAUGACCCCUGAAGAGAUGGCACAACGGAAAAUUAUGGUUACAGACGAGGGUAAUUUCGUGGUGCAAGUUGCCGAUCAACACUCUUGGGACGAUUAUCAACGUAAACAACAAGCGCGUGUGAUGAACCAAGGGGACAUUGUUUGGUCCAAGGGCCAUUUUGCAGAUCUGCCAGAAGACCUCAAAUGCCCCAUAACGGGCGGAUUACUGCGACAACCGGUAAAGACCAGUAAAUGCUGUCAAAAAUCGUUCUCCAAGCAGGCGUUAGAGGACGUACUUGUAGAGAGGGAUUUUGUGUGUCCUGAAUGUGGGGCAGAAGACGUGUUGCUAGACUCUCUGGUACCCGAUGACGAGAAACAAGCACAAGUGGAGAAAUUCUUGGAAGAACAUGGCGUUAAAAGAGACGGCGCCUUUGAAGAUGAUGAAAAAAUUUCUAAAAAACCCAAAUUACCUAUGCCCGUACCGCCCUUUGGAAUGCCUUUCCCCAUGUUCCCCAUGCCGUUCUUACCCAACAUGCCUCCUCCACCUCCAAAGCAUACUUGA